GAAGAGCCUGUAGUCGGAGUUGUGGUUGUUUGUAAACCUCCCAUCUGAAGCAGAACCACCUGCUCUGAUCCUUGGUGGUUCAGACCCGAGCUGGAAACGCGUCUCGUCCCUCCGCGCAGCGAUGUGUCAGGUGGAAGAAGAAUACCACGAGCAGCUGGAGCGCGUGGACCCACCCAGUGCUUCGAAAAAAUGUGUCAAAUGCAAAGAGGAGCUGGCGGCUGUGGUCAUCAGAGCAGGAGAUGCAUACUGCAGGAACUGUUUCAGAGAGAGCUUCAUUCACAAGUUCAGAGCCAUGCUGGGUAAAACCCGGGUCAUCUUCCCUGGAGAGAAGGUGCUGCUGGCCGUCUCCGGGGGUCCUUCUUCCUGCUCAAUGCUCAGCCAAGUCCAAGAGGGUGUGAGUCAGAACGCUCAUAAAAAGCUGCGCUUCGUCCCUGGGAUCGUUUACAUCGACGAGGGUGGCGCUCUUGGCCAGCCUAAUGAGAUGAGACAGAAAACAACAUCUGAGCUGUGUGAUAUGUUCAGAUCAACUGGUUUUCCCUUCUGCAUCCUUCCUCUGGAGCAGGUUCUGGACCUCCCUGGAUCCGUCCUGACUCCCUCACCGCCGUCAGACCAACCAGGCUCCGCCUACAAAGCAGCUGUGGAUGUCUUCGUGCCGGCGGCGGCGGCAGCUGACAGAAAGGCUGAGGAGCAGGAGUGUGUGUCGCCGCCUGCUGUUUCGGGAGUCACACGGCUGCUGCAGCAGCUGAUUGGCUCAGCUCAAACCCUGACAGCCAAACAAGACCUGCUGAACACACUCAGGCAGCACCUGCUGGUGCACACGGCUCGGACCAGAGGCUACAGUAAGCUCAUGCUGGGAGACAGCUGCACCAGACUGGCUGUGAAGCUGAUCACCAGUAUCUCACUGGGCAGAGGAGCCCAGCUGGCCCAGGACACGGGCUUCUCUGACUGCAGAUACGGUGAUGUAACAGUAGUGAGACCCAUGAGGGAAUACUCCGCUAAAGAAAUAGCUUUCUACAAUCAUAUGUUCAAGGUUCCAUCCGUUGUCAUUCCAAACCUGGACACAAAGACACCGGACAAGGCCAGCAUCCAGCGCCUGACCCAGAGCUUCGUCACCACGCUGCAGGCCGACUUCCCCUCCACUGUCAGCACAAUCUACCGGACCGGGGAGAAGCUGCAGACGGCAGGCAGGAGCCUCCACCGCCGAGCGCUGUGUGUGCUGUGUGUGUGUGGCCUGGACACUGCUGCUGAAGAGGCUUCAGCGCUCCAGGCCACGCUUAUUUCAGAGCAGCUCUCUCAGAGUUCAGUUCCAGUGAAACCAGAACCACCUUCUACUGUUGGACAGUGUUGCUCCUCUGAAAGUCCCUGUAGAGGGUCAGGAGGGGCUAGUGACUGCUGUAGGUCUUCAAGGGACCAUGAGGCCACUGAGCUGACGAGCCUGCUGUGCUACAGCUGCAGACGGACUGUCAGAGACAUGACUUCAGUCACUCAUCUCCCUCAGUAUGUCCUGUCAGAGACUCAGAGGAGACAAAACCGGUCUGCAAUGAAAGAGCAGAUCAGUAAGUUUCUGCUGGAUGAUGCUGAUGAAAACGAUUAAGGACAAGAUGAUCAAACUUGCUUCAUUUUUUAAUGGUGG